AGCGCCGACGUUGUUUACACCUCUCGGGCAAGAGUUACAGUAACAAAAUGUGGGGAGAGUGGACUCGCGCUCUGCCAUGGAAACACGAUUAUUGGACGAGACAAGUGUAAAAUCUGCAUGAUCUCAUUCUCAUCUCAUCAUCACUUGCAGUCCUCGAUUGGCAGUGACUGUCUGUCUCUCGAUCCAGAGAGAACUGCAGCAGCAUGAAAGAAGGACGAGAACGUGCUGGUAAACGGGUGGGUCCCGGAGCAUGCAGCUGCUAUAGAUAGCUUAGUUUAUCCUGAGCCCUUCGACCUUCCAUGUGCCUUUCCAGAGAAGCUGGAAUUUUGUGGAUACGAUUUUAUUCCUUUGCUUCCUUCCCCUUCUUUUCCAAUUCAUCGCUCUACCAUCUGCUGUCUUGGCCCCUAACCCACCCAAUGUUAGCGCGUCUCUUAAAUUCCCCCCACCGUUCCUGCUCUCAGACAGGCCGGCUAAAUUUGCCCCAGGCUCCAGCAGCACAGCUCUCAGACCGCCUGCUCACGGUCCCUCUACACUAGAAAGGGGAUCCACUACUCCGGAGUCCUCCGUACAUCAUCAGACGCCGAGCAGAGAGCGAGAGUGGAGAGAAAGUGUGCCAGGAGCUUGGGACUAGUGUCGUCAAGCAGCGGGCAGCAUGCAGUGACAAUCAUUUGAUCGCAAGCAUCUUCCUCCCUCCCACACCCUGCUAUCAUUCUUAUAAGAAGCCGAGAAAGCGAACCAUCUAGUUGUCCUUCGAGGAUAUCAUCGACAGUUUGUAGAACAAUGCAGGUCCAUAUGCAGCCCCAGCAGCAGAGGAGGAGCUUGGACUCGUCGGAGUUUACCAUCCGCUUGGAAGAUCUGCACUGCGGGCCCAUGGUGGGAGGCCUCGACUGGCUGAAACGUUUGUUCAAAGGAGCAGACAUUGCUUCUCUGCUCCCGGGCCACAACAGGAACCAGCAUAUGAACUCCGAGGAGCGUAGGAACAUGAGGAGGGCAAAAUCUGCCAACCAUGCUGCGGACCUCAAGGUCAGGCAUGUGUUCCCACUGGCAGUGGACAGAAAUCCGGCGUCGGUGUCAUUCAGAGAACCCCCAACUUUCAGAGCUCCUCCACCUGUCUUCCGGGUCACAGGAAUGCAUUUGUGGUGAAGAUGUCCGGAUCAGUCUGUGGUUCUGGCCCUCACCAUAAUCAUCUCCCCAAUUUUUCUCCCAGUUACCGAAUCAUUUGCAGCUCUGGACUGUCCCUGUCUGCUCUGUGGGUAUUAUCGUCCUGGCGAGCAUCAUCUCUCGCCCAUUCUCCUUUCUAUUUGCCGAAAUGAAACGAAGGGCUUAUUGCUCUUCGCAUUUGCGUUCUUGUCUGGUACCUUGGCCUCUCCCCGGGCUCUUGGGUUAACAAUUGUCAAGAGCUCGACGGUCCGCAGCAACUCCCUAUGCUUCUGAAUGGUCGAGUUCGUUUGAGCACAGAAUCCUGCGACUACGACUUCGAGUUCGACUUCAACGGAGAGCAGAAUCCUGCACCGUGUCCGGUUUUUUUUAUUAGUCAGGAUACGGAGCUGAGGAUAGAUGAAGAAAGGAAAGGACGGUGGAGAGAAUCAGAAGGUGGACCUCGUAGGACGUGCUUCUAGUGUGGCUGCCACUGGCACGCCAUACAGUGCAGUGCAGUGAAGAAGAAGGUUGUCAUGAGUCUGAAUCAUAGUUGAAUGCGAGACAUUAAAGUGUCUGUUUAUGUUGAACGGUGCAGUUGCUGCUGCAGCUGGAUUGAAGCAUGCCAUCAGCCCAUUGUGAAUAUUCUUCAUCAAUCUAAAUGCAAUUUUGUCUAAGAGGUUCAGAACGUCAUGUCGACCCCCGGUUUGCUCUUCCUCCCUCUCUCCCUCCUGAAUACGAUGAGACUACGCACUCUGGCAAUGACGAAGGUUUGUGUCCAUUCUUGCCUGCACGAAGGUCGUUUCCACUAUUCUACUUUUCAUAGAUGUAUCUUCUCACCCUGCUAAUCGUGGUCGCUCCCUUGAGAAAUUUCGUUUCUUCUUCCCUCCAUGAGGGCCUUCUGGCUAUGGGAUCCAGAUGAGCACAAGCUCGUAGUUCUUCGAACAGUUCAAACAUCCCUAUCGACUUUGAGCAUCAGCAACCAUAGUAGCGCUCGAAAGAACCAGGGUACUUGUCGUGAGUUCAGAUGCAAGCUUUCGCAACAUCGGCCUUUCCUAAUGCCGAAGGUAGAUAGCCGCUGCGGAUGAUUCCGCACAUAUACCACUCGCUCAAUGAUGGCUUUAGUGAAGGAACGCGGAGUUGUACAUACUUAGCUGUCCGUGGACUCUGCUUGUUACACAUCCCGUGCCGGAGUGAAAGUCAAUUUUGUGGGGCUUCUUCUGAUUGUCGAUUGCAAUAGCUCAGCAUGGGGGCUUGAAUGCAAUUCUUCGUGCAUCUUUGAUCUCAGGCAGUGAAAACUGAAGGCACUCCGAAGGCGCAGUGCUCCGUUGUUAAUCUCGUAGAGAAUGGAUAUAGGCCACAAUGUCUGAGCAUGGUGCUCCCACCAUGCUCAGCAUUCGG